CGAGCCGUGCGAUAGAAAAACUUUCUACUCGUGUACAUGCGUUCGAUACUCGAUUAGAAUGCUGUCUAGACACGCAAGAAUUUGUUCAACUAUUCGACUCGAAAUUCUAGAGAUUGCAUCGAAAGCAAUAUUAAUCGAUCUCCGUUUGUUAUUAUUUGCGAAUGAUGACGAGGAACAGGUUUUUGUUAAAGCGAAUUGGAUGAUGUAAACGCUACUCGUCACACGCUGCCGAGUCUUGGUAAAAUGUCAGAGACGAGGCGAACUACCCUCUAAACGAGGAAGUGGGCCACUGGAGAGUGAGAGGCUACCAAGUGUAUAUUUAACUGCUCGUUAAGUUCGAGUUACACGGAAUGGGAGAUGCAGGUGUUUCUUCGCUGAUUUUUCACUCUUUCCCUGUGACUUGUGAAACCGUUCUUCGAACCGUUGUCUAAUAGAAAGGAGAACUCCACACCUUAUACAUAUUCCACGAUGAUAAAAGAAUCUAGGUGGGACAGCGUAAAAAGACCGUAAAGCUUGUUUUAAACGCGCUGUCGGGCUUCCCUAAUUUCCAUUUGAAAUUCAACAACGCACAGUCUGGCUUUUGUGGGUCAUCAGUGGAUAAUCCGGACAGUGAGAUAUUACGCGAUGUAUGACGUAUAAUAUAACGAGAACGUCGAGGAAAUAAAUUCUGGAGCAAAAGUAUCGAUCUCUUAUCGUUCCAUUUAGCCUGAUCGCGGUUUUGCUGGGUCGCGAUUAAACUCGUAAAGCAGAGGUAGUAGCUGGCCCGUGUAAGCGGAGAUCGAUCAGGACAGAUGUGCGGACAUUGCUUUUUUCGAGACGUAGAACAAGUUUUGGACGAACACCAAAAUCCUCUCUUUCUCUCUUCAAUGUCCAUAUGGGAGAAAAACAACGUGUCGAGGGGAAGCGUCUGGCGCGCGUAAUUCGAGCGAAAUAGCCCACUCGCGUGAUGAAUGAACCGUGUUAUACCUGAAACAUUAACCUUCUCCGAUCUGAUAUAUUUCCACUCGAGAACUUCCCGUUUAAUCAUCCAGGAUGCGAGGAUAUUUCGUCGAAGCGUACGUCGAUUAAACGACAAUGAAAAUGAAGAUCGUUAUUGCGAGCGGAGUUGAAGUCGAAGAUUAAGUUGUCGCGGAAUUUCCGAGGGAAACGAGAUAUUUCUCUCUCUCUCUCUUUUCUCGUUUAUUUUUUCAUCUCGUCGGAAAGAAAUAUCGGAGACGCUCAAUUACGUAAAUUGAGGGACGAGCAAAGAAUAUUUAAAGCAUCGGAAACAGCUCGUCGUUCUAUCAUUGACACCUGUUCUCAGCUGUCGCUGGCAAUCACCGCGAUCGUUUCACAGGGUAUACAACACGAUUUUGCGCCCCUUAUUUCGCGCCGUCUGCCAAUUUUCUCGCAUUUAUAAUGACGCCUCUCUCUCUCUCUCUCUCUGUGUACGCGAAACGUCUGCCCCUCAUCUGUGAUGCGAACACAGCAAUUUACCGGUUAAUUUCGGCGCGGACCACGGGCAGGCGGCGGCCAUCGCUGUUCCGUUAAUUGGUCGUGGUACGUUGAGCAGACCAACUUUAGUCACCUGCAUUCGUGGGAAAGUGCAUUAAACAGACCGCGUACCACGGAUUUUGCUACUAGAGAAAGCGUUGAUGAUUAAACGCUCGCAUGGAAUGGAUCGAUAACACGUGUACAGGCACUUUCGGAAGAGUGGUGUUAUGCAGGCAUCAAGGUACUCCUCUAGCCUUGAAGAUUCUCUCGAUGGUGGACGUGAUCAGAUUGAAACAAGUGGAACACGUACGGAACGAGAUCACCGUAUUGAAAGAGGUCAAUCAUCCCUUUAUCGUGAACAUGCUUUGGAGCGGAAGAGACGAGGCAAGAGUAUACAUGCUGCUAGAAUUCGUUGCCGGUGGGGAGCUUUUCUCCUAUUUAAGGGCAGCUGGCCGAUUUUCCGGGCCCACCAGCUGCUUCUACGCGGCCGAGAUCGUGUGUGCGUUGGAAUACCUGCACAGCAAACACAUAGUUUACAGGGAUUUAAAGCCCGAGAAUCUUUUGUUGGACAGUCAGGGACACCUGAAGAUCACCGAUUUCGGAUUUUCGAAGAAACUGACGGACAGAACGUGGACUCUGUGCGGCACACCAGAAUAUUUGGCGCCAGAAAUAAUUCAGAGCAAAGGACACAAUAAGGCAGUUGACUGGUGGGCGCUCGGUGUUUUGAUCUACGAAAUGUUGGCCGGUUUUCCGCCAUUUUUUGAUGACAAUCCCUUUGGCAUCUACGAGAAGAUAUUGAGCGGCAGGAUAGAAUGGCCAAAACAUAUGGAUCCAAUCGCCAAGGAUUUGAUCAAAAAGCUUUUAAUUGCAGAUCGUACGAAAAGGCUAGGAAAUAUGAGGCAAGGUGCCGAUGACGUGAAAAGGCAUCGUUGGUUCAAAUUAGUCGAAUGGCCGUUGGUACCUCAAAGAGCUCUUACACCCCCAAUAAGACCACGAGUGAAGGCACCAGGCGAUCCAAGCUGUUUUGACGAUUAUCCGGAAACCGAUUGGCGUUCUCAACCUCCAUUGCCGCCGGAACAACUGGCUCUGUUUCAAGAUUUCUAAAAGAAACGUCAUGGACAAUCGUUCGAAUCAUGCCAGACAUUCAUUGACGCAAAUUCGUUUGCAACCUUCCGUGUCGAGAUUAGAACCAUUGAGUUAACGGUAUUGUGAUGUGUAUAAAGUUUCGCAAACGUUCAAACAGGAGUUCCUUUUUAUUUUGUAUAUAGCGGCCCCUUUUUGUAUUAUUCUCGUUGUGCG